AUGUCCGACUAUGGCGGUGACGACUACGACGGCGGCGCCGGUGACAUUGACGAGCCCCUCAUCGAGUUCGACGAAGAGGCCGAACCUGAUCUGAUGGACGACGAAGACGACCAGCCUGGCGGCGGUGAAGACCCAGACAAUGCCGAACCCAACGACGACAACGUAGUAGUAUCUGGCGAUGCCAACGCGGCAGCUGCUGCCAAGGAAGCCUCCAAGAACACAGUUACAAGCGAAAAGGACAAGAAGGUUCCGAACGACAAGCGCACAACCACCCCAUACAUGACAAAGUACGAGAAGGCACGCGUCUUGGGCACAAGAGCACUUCAGAUCAGUGGUAACGCUCCUGUGCUGAUCGACGUAGAGGGAAUGACGGAUCCUCUGCAAAUUGCUGCGAAAGAGCUCCAAGAGAAGAAAAUUCCCCUUGUUGUACGGCGGUACCUCCCCGAUGGUUUCUACGAGGACUGGACUUGCGAAGAGCUUCUGACAUGA